AUGUCUCAUGUCAGCCUGCUCAAAGCCGCCCGCCCAGUAUGGCGAGCCUCAACCGCAAUCCCCAAGGCCGCUAUCAGGCCCUUCUCAGUAUCCCGUCAACUUGGGACUCCUCCGAUUCUGUUGGAAGACAAGGACAAAGGUUUUGGGUUUAUUCGUCACAACAGUCGUCCACCAAAGCCUAGGUCUGUCGGAGUGACUGAGAUUCGGGGACCAUAUUACUCAGUGAUGGGGAAACGAUACCUGCAGGAUGUCCUUGAGACAAUGGGCCAUCAUGUCGAUGGGCUCAAGUUCGCUGGUGGUUCCUUUUCCCUGUUCCCAGAAGAUAAACUCAAAGAGCUUAUCAACCUCGCUCACGAGUACAAUGUCUACGUCUCUACAGGUGGAUGGAUGGAACAUGUCCUCCUCCAAUCUGAUCCCGCCUGGGCUGUAGACCAAUAUCUCAAAAAGUGCAAACAACUCGGCUUCGACGUUAUCGAAAUCUCAUCAGGCUUCCUCUCCAUCCCCCAAGACGACUGGCUCCGCAUCGUCGACAAAGUCCACUCGGCCGGUCUAAUCGCCAAACCCGAAUGCGGCAUUCAAUUCGGCGCUGGCGGCGACACAGAAGCAUCUGAGCUCUCAUCCCUGGGAACAUCUGACCCCUCCAAGAUAAUCCACAUGGGCAAGCGCUUUAUCGACGCUGGUGUAGAACGUAUCAUGAUUGAGAGCGAGGGUAUUACAGAGAAUGUUAAGAGCUGGAGAACGGAUGUCAUUCAGCAGAUUCUGAGGGAGCUACCGCAGGAGAAAGUAAUGUUUGAGGCAGCGGACCCAAAGGUGUUUAAUUGGUAUGUUAGAGAUGCUGGAAAAGAUGGCUCAUUCCACCCUGUUCCUGAGGCUCAAGCACAAAAGCUCCCUGGAACUGAGAAGGACAUGAACCCGACUAGCGAGUCCACCAAGCUUGAAGGCAAGAAUGAGUUCCAUGAGUAUAGGGCCGCCAACAAACUCGAGGGCGCCAAGGCUCUCAUCACCGGCGGGGACUCCGGCAUUGGUCGCUCAGUGGCAGUCCUCUUCGCCCGCGAAGGCGCAGACGUAACAAUAGUCUACCUCCCAGAAGAGCAAGAAGACGCCGAAGAGACCAAGCGCAUGGUAGAGAAAGAAGGCCGCAAAUGUGUUCUCUUCGCCGGAAACCUCAUGGACAACGAGACCUGCAAGAAUGCUGUUCAGAAGCACGUUGAUGAGUAUGGCAAGAUCGAUGUCCUGGUGAACAAUGCUGCGAAGCAGAUCAUGUGUGAAGACUUCAAGGAUAUUGACCUGGAUAACGUUGAGAGUACUUUCCGGAGCAAUAUUCUCCAGAUAUUUGCUAUGACGAAGUAUGCGCUUCAUCAUAUGGAAACGGGUGGCUCUAUCAUCAACUCAACCUCCACCGUUGCGUUCAGAGGAACAGCGCACAUGGUAGACUACGCAUCUACAAAAGGUGCCAUCACAUCAUUCACACAAUCGCUGUCAAAGCAGCUCGUCAAGAAGGGCAUCAGAGUCAACGCUGUUGCGCCAGGACCUGUGCAUACGCCUCUUCAGCCAGCGUCUCGACCUGCGGAGCAAAUGGAAGGAUUUGGAAAGAAUUCUCAGUUAGGAAGAGUUGGACAGCCGAGUGAGAUUGCGCCGAGUUAUGUAUUCUUGGCUUCCAAGGAUGCAACGUUGUUUCAUGGACAGGUCCUUCAUGCUUAUCCGCUUGGUGAUUAG